AUGGCCGACGCCGCCAACCCACUGACCAAGCCCACCAAAGCCUCCGCACCCUUCGUCGUCUUUGACGCCGCCAGCGCGAACAAGGCCGCCAAACCCAAAGCCGGCGGCUGCAAGGCCCACGACGGCGACGCCGAUGAUGCCCCGACGCCGUCGUCGCACGGCCGCCGCCGCCGCCGCCGCUGGCUGCGGUGGGCGUGCUGUGGCGCGGCCGUAGCCGGCGCGCUGACAGCCGCGGCCGUGCUGGCGCUGUCGCUCACCGUGCUCAGGGUGCGGGACCCGAUGCUGUCGAUGGAGUCCGUCGCCGUCCGGCGCUUCAGCGUGCGCCUCGAAGCCGCGCACCCCGCGCGGCCGCUGCGGAUCAACCUCACGCUGUCCGGCGACAUCGUGAUCCGCAACCCCAACUACGAGUCCAUGCGGUUUGGCGCCAGCGCCACGGAGAUCUUCGUGGACGUGGACGGCGCGGCGGAACCGACACCCGUCGGGGUCGGACGCGCACCGCCCGGGGAGGUCCCCGCGCGCGGCGCCAGCCGGGUCGCCGCCGACGUGGACGUGCUCGUCGACAGGGUCUCUCCCGCCGUGGUGGCGCAGGUGCUGUUCGGCGACGGCGAGGUGCGGUUCGACACCCGCACCACCGUCGACGGCAGGCUCAGCCUGCUCGGCGGACUCUACGGCCGCCGCACCGUGCGCGUCGCCAUGCGCUGCCGCGUCGCGCUCCGCGUGUCGGCCGCGGCCGUCGCCGUCGCCGGCAGCCCCGCGUGCGUCGCCGACUUCGGACGCUGA